GCCCGGCCGGCCCCAUAACCAUGUCCACUAUAAGCCGUCUCAAAAAAAGAUCCCUGACCGCCACGCGAAAGAGAAGUAAAAAUAAAAUAAAAUAAAUCAGCAACAGCAUGGAAACUGACAGGGAUGACGAUGACCCUCACUGCAGUCACUAUUGGCAAGGCUGAGUCUGGAAUCGGUUGUUUUGGGUGGCGCGCGGUUCCCGGGAGGUUGGGAGGGGAGGGGGGUGACCUUGUUUCAGUUGGUUCUGAAGCUGUUCUAGGGCAAUUUCUCUCUUUUGUUGUUUCUUUGUUGCUUCGAAUUGAUGAUACGUACGUGGCGUUGGUGGUGGUGUCGCAAUUGCGCUUUUCUCUUGCCGUGAGAUUUCUGCCCAGAGAGAAGCCCUUUUCCAAGGUGAGUUCGUCAAUCAGUCAGUCAGACAGACUCGGUUUUCUCUUUUCGAGCAACUGUUCAACUCCUUGCAUCAAUGAAUGUCUCUCGUCCAUCGCAUCGCAUCCCAUCCAUGCAUCUCGCGUCUUGUUUUCAACCUUCUCAGUCAAGGCAACCAAUGACCAACCUGGCCAAGGCCAAGGGCCCAAGAGUCAGUUAAGUUUGCCAUGUGGCUGGCACCCGAGUCAAGAAAAAAGAAAGAAAACCCCAAAAAGAAAAAGAUCAAAAGCAAAAAAAAAGGCCCGGGCCAGACGCCGUAGCCAGUAAUGGCAUGGGCAACUCCGUACUUUUGUGAUAGCUUUUGCAAGUUAGGUUUAUGGGG